AUGAGGGCCAACGACGAGCCAGUGCGCCCAAUCGCCGCGAGUUGCCCCAUGGAUUCUCGGCUCCCUCAGCCCCCGUCCGGUGACCCAGCCGGGAGCCCCGACGGGCAGGCCUCCAGCCACGCUAGCAGCAACAGGAAGGCCAAGAAGGCUGCCAAGAAGCGCAACCGCAGGCGGCAGUCCUCGUCGAUCGGCGAAGAAAGCGCUUUUGGCAUGGACGCCUGCGGCUCAAGCCCGGGGAGGUAUUCCGCCGACGGCGGAAUGGAGCGGGGCCUGAGGCUGCCGCCCAUCAGGACGCUGUCCGGCGAGAGCUCGCAGACAUUUGGGAGGCAUCAGGGGCUGGGGACGGGCUGCGGCGAAGAAGGGACGCCCAUGCUGCGAAGAGAUAGCGGCGUCGUCCCCUCUCCCAGGUCUCCAGCACUUCCCCAGAGAAUCGAAGAGGAGCCGUUCCCAUCCUUUGACCAAUACUGGACUGGGGAAGUGAAGCCCACACAGAAGUACCCAAGAACAGAUGUGAAGUGGGGCAGAACAGAGCGAGAGAAAGUGUAA